UGGAACCCGGCACACGGACGACGCGCGCGGGAAUGCCGCAUCCCUCGGAUCCCGCGUCCCGCGCGCACAACAGUUGGAUCCCCUCGCUGUUGACUGUAGGGUUAAUACCGACUGGAGGGGGCGUGGCUUCGAUCAAUAAUAACCGCCUCGCUGUAGUGAACUGCGAAAAGAACGACAACAAAAGCCGAUGUGCCGACGGCUCCCGGAGCUGAUGCCCUUCGCCGUCCAGCACCUCGGCUCGGCACCGCGGGAGGGAGUCGCUCCGCUGCGGCUGCCGUGAAGGAGUCGCCACCUGGACGGGGCCGCUCGGACGUCCACGCGGCCGCGGCGCGCGCGGAGGUGUCCUGCGCGGGAGCGAUACGAGAGGCUGCGCGUGAGCCGAGGUGAGCGGAUGGGACGGAGCGGCCGGGGUCGUCCGUGAAGUGGACUCUGCUUCCCGACCGACCGCCCGCUUUACGUAACCCAGCUCUGCGGAGGCUCCGGCGGGGACGGCGCCGGUGUCGAGCCGCUCGGAAACGCAGGUCAGAUUUCGGCUCAGCAUGACUGGUGGAGACGCCGUCUCCUAACGCCAGCGAGCACGUCAAGAUGAGCGAAGGCCACGCGCCGGGGCCGGGAGCGGACCUCAUCCUCGCUGUGAAACCCGACCGGGUCGCGUCUGCUGACGAAGAUGGGAGUUUUUGUCCCGGUUACGUCCAGGGACUGCUGAAGGAAAACCAGUUUGAGAAGGAAUAUCUGCUGGAUGGGAGAUUGAUAGAGAACAACCAUGUUGAUCAUCAGAGCGGUGAUGACGCCUUCGUCGCAUCAGCUGAUCACUCCACUUCCUCUGAAAAGGGCUCCGCUGCGUCCAAUCGCGUUGCCGCCAUGCAACAAACUUGUACAAGCGAAAUCCACAACGGCGCCAGAGCCAAAGUGUCCUACGGUGCCGACCCCCCCUCAGGUGUGUCCGGCCAGGCCCAAUGUGAAAUCACGAGACCGAACCUGGAGCGCAGCCAGGACGCCGCUCGCACGCCGCCUAAGAAGGAGCCAGAUUUGGUCAUCGAAGUCGGCGGCCAGACCAUCAACGCCCACAAGUCGGUGCUGGCGGAGAAGAGCGACUACUUCAAAGCGCGGCUGUCACGAGACAUCCUCAAGGUGAAGGGCGUGAGCUAUAAGACCCUGUCCACGCUGAUAGACUACGUCUACACCUCGCGCAUGAACGUGGGCAAGGACAACGUAGUGGACGUCAUCACCGGGGCCAAGAUCCUCCAGAUCCCCUGCGCCGUGCAGGCGGCCGUGGACUCCAUGUCCCAACAAAUCACGGCGGAGAACUGCUACGAGAUCCUGAGCAUCGCCAAGAAGCAGCGGCUGAGCGAGCUGAAGGAGACGGCGUACGCCUUCAUGAGCGACAACUUCCUGCAGGUGCUCAAGGACCCGGCGGUGUACGGGCGCCUGACCGGCUCGGAGCGCGACCUCAUCCUGAGGAAGAGGAUGGACGGGAGGAAGACUCUGAUGGUCGCCGAGAUCAACGACGUGUUCGACCGCGUCGGGAGCCUGCCGCCGAGCCGCUGCGGCAGCCGCCCGCAGAGCCCCCAGUCCGUGGGCUCGUUGGAGGAGAAUCACAUGAUUUACUACUUCAACCAAAACGCGAACGACUGGCGACCUUUGACCUCCAUGCCUGAGGACGUCCACACCAAAGGCUGUGGGAUGUGUGCCAUGUACAACUACCUGUUCGUGGCGGGGGGGAUAAAGGGCUACGGGGACAAGGGCAAGGUUUCAGACCAGGUCUUCUGCUACAACCCCAUCACCGACCGCUGGGCCGAGAUCAGACCCAUGAACCAGGCCCGGGCCCAGCUCAAGCUGGUGUCCAUGGACGGCCACCUGUACGCCAUCGGCGGCGAGUGUCUGUUCACGGUGGAGAAGUACGACCCCCGCAUGGACCGCUGGACCACGGUGGCCCCGCUGCCCAAGGGCGCCUUCGCCGUGGCCCACGAGGCCACCACCUGCAGCGGGGAGCUCUACGUCUCCGGCGGCUCGCUCUUCUACCGCCUCCUCAAGUACGACCCCAAGCGGGACGAGUGGCAGGAGUGUCCGUACAACAACAGCCGCAAGAAGUCCACCGACAUGGUGGCGCUCAAGAGCUUCAUCUACCGCUUCGACGUCAACCGCGAGGAGGGCAUCAACGUCUUCAAGUACAACACCAUCGUGAAGAUGUGGCACGACUGCGCGGCGCAGCGGCCCGGCAGCCACCUGCCCUUCAGGUGCGCCCUCGUCGACAACUGCGUCUACUGCGUGAACAAGGCGCACACGCUGCGCUUCGUGGUGGAGGAGGAGGACGCGUACUUUGUGGAGGAGACGCUCAGGGCGCCCGUGGAGGCCAAAGGGGUUCUUUUUCCGUUCGUGCUCACUCUGCGUGAAAAGCCGGACAAACCUACAUAGUGAGUGUGUGUGUAAUCCAGAAGAACCCAUAACUGGAGCAAUCAGAGGCUUAUAGACAGUCUUCAGUGUUCGCUUUCUAUCUCAGUGUCUCAUUGCCUGCUUGCAACGGAAUGUGUGUGUUUGCAUGGCGUCGACAGGGUGGAGCCUUGAAAAAGGGGCAACUUUUAUAAGCUAAAUGAACGAAUGAAUGCAACUAUACACGUACAGUACAUGUAUCUGGCUGUAGAUAACGACACAAUGAAAGUGACUGUAGAUUAUUCCGCAUAUUUUCUGUAUCCGGUUACGUCUGGUGCACUUUUGCAUUUAGAAUACGUAUAGAUGGGCAGAUGAGAAGCGGUGAACGAGCUCUGAUUGAUGCAGCCCAGGGUCUAUGCAACGGAACACAACGUACAGGAGGUCUGCUGUAUUUCACUACUUAAUGACUACGGAGUGGAACCUGACUGGAAAAGUACAACACUGCACUAAAUAAAUUUAAAACAAAGCACCCCAACGCGUUAAAAACAACCACACUCAUAUUUUUAGAUUGAGCACAUGCUAUUUUUCCUAUAGUGCCAUACUUGCCAAAGAUCAAUCAUCUGAACACUGCAGCCGGGCUGUAAUAAACCUGUUGAGAGGACAAUAUGUUUUCACAAUAAAAGCCCUUCUGGAUGCUUUGCUGCUAACACGCACUUUCUAGAAGGCUUAUUACACGCGGUUGCUAGGACGACGCUACACGCUCCUGGCAGCCAGGGGGGCCUCGCUCCCCCGCUGCUAGCUUCGCACCAGAUGCGGCCGUGCCUCACGUCCACCGUGGCCAGGCUCAUGUCUCAAAUAACAGUAACAAUGCUCUGGCAUCGGCACACAUUGGUAGGAUUUUUUUUUUUUUUACAUUCCAGAUACCCUUCGUUUAGACGUCGUAACACAGGUGGGCUUUUAGAUGGACGCUAACGCUGGUACUGUUGGUUGCUUUUGAUUUGUAGGAGUGUCUCCAGGCAGCGAGUGUGACUCCGACAACGUGGAUGUGGUUUUAAUAUAUUUGCUGACUGGCACCUGUAUUUUUUUGUGAAAUUUUGUAUGGAUUUGCUGACAGUGAAGUGAUGCGAUACUGCUGCUGGAGGCUUGUUUAAGACUGUUGGAUAAUGUGUAUGAGUAAGAACUAAGUGCUGCAAAUAAAUAUUUUGUGUCUGAAA